AUGGGCAAACUCAUUCGCCUCGAACUUUUCAAUUUCAAGUCCUACAAGGGACACCACACGCUCCUUUUUGGAGAUGCCUACUUCACUUCAAUCAUUGGCCCCAAUGGGUCUGGCAAGUCAAACUCGAUGGAUGCGAUCUCGUUCGUAUUAGGAAUUAAAUCAUCCCACCUUCGAUCGACAAACCUCAAAGAUCUUGUUUACCGUGGCCGAGUCCUGCGAACGUCGAAAGUUGAUGGGGAGCCCCCCGCCAAUGGAGAGAACGGCGAAGAAGAUAACGACGCCGACAAUGUGGAUGCGUCUCAGGAUGCCAAUGAACUGCAUGACCCAAAGAGCGCCUGGGUCAUGGCUGUCUACGAAGAUGACGCAGGCGAGGAACAGCAAUGGCGUCGUUCCAUCACCAGCCAGGGCGUUAGCGAGUAUCGAAUCAACAACAAGAUCGUGACUGCUCAACAAUACAAUGAAGCUCUGGAGGAGGAGAAUAUUCUGAUUCGUGCGCGCAACUUUCUUGUCUUCCAAGGAGACGUCGAGGCUAUUGCAUCUCAGUCACCGAGAGACCUCACCCGUCUGAUCGAACAAAUCUCUGGCUCAUUGGAAUACAAGGCCGACUACGAGAAGUUGAAAGCAGAGGCGGAGGAAGCUGCCGAGCAGCAAACUGUUCAGCUCAAUCGUCGACGAGGUAUCAACUCCGAAGUUAAGCAGUACCAGGAGCAGAAGCGUGAAGCUGAGAACUAUGCAAAGAAGGCCGAGGAGCGCGAUCAGGCUGUCAUCACUCACAUUUUGUGGAAGCUUUUCCACUUCCAGCGCCUUAUUGAUGAGUCUAGCGCCGACAUUCAAAAACAUCAGGAUGAGCUCAAGGAAUACCGUCGUGGUGUUGAGAAAUAUGAGCAAAAUGUCGAGGACGCCAAGAAAGACCAUGCUCGUGUCGGUAGGGACGUUGGCAAGGCCGAAAAGAACAUCACCAAGAAAGAGAAGGAUAUUGAAGAAUUGAAUAACUCAUUGGUUCCCGUCAACGAGAAAGUGGAAAUCACCGAAAAGAAGGUUGAACGCUAUGCAUCCAAAAUCGAUGAAAUUGGAAAAGAGCGUGAGGCUUAUACGAAUGGCGCCAAAAAGCUCGAGAAAGAUCUGAAGCUUGUUGAGAAGGCUCAAUCGCAAUGGGAGGCCGAGUGGCAGAAGACUAUGAGCAAGCAAGGCACGCAACUCAGCGAGGCUGACCAGCAAGAGUACCACAAAUUAAGAGAAGAAGUUAGCAAGCGCUCUUCUGCAGAUCAGUUGAACCUGGAUAAUCUGCGAAGGCAGAGGAAGACAGAGGCUGAAGCUGUAAACAGCCUUAAGGGCAAAUUUGAAAACACUGAAUGGCAGCUUAACAACCAUGAGUCUGAAGCCCAGAACAUGAAUGAACGCAAUACUACAUUAAAUGAUUCGAUCAAGGUCACAUCUAAGGAUAUUGAUCGAAAGAAGAAGGAGCUGAACAGUUUGCAGUCAGAGCGCUUGAAAGUUUCGCAGAUGAGGACAGAACUCGAAGAGAAGCUUCAGGUUGUUCUUAGAAAGCUGCUUGAAGCCGAUGAUGGCAAGAAGCAGAAUGAGCGCGAAAUUCGUGCUAAAGAACUUAUCUCAACUCUCAAGCGAAUCUUUCCUGGUGUCAAGGGCCGCGUGAGCGAUUUGUGCCGCCCCAAGCAGCGGAAGUAUGCUGAAGCGGUCAGCACCGUCCUGGGUCGCCAUUUUGACGCUAUUGUUGUGGAUAAUGAGAAGACUGCCAAGGAGUGUAUUCAGCAUCUUCGUGACCAGCGCGCUGGCCAAGCAACCUUCAUCCCCUUGGAAACUAUCCAGGUGAAGGCCUUCAAUUCACACCUCAAGGGUAUGCACCGAAAUAUGCGCCCUGCUAUCGAGACUGUUGAUUAUGAUGAGUCAGUAUCGCGUGCUAUUAGCUAUGCCUGCGGGAAUUCCAUUGUGUGUGAUGAUUUAGCUACUGCCAAACAUCUUUGCUAUGAGCGAAACGUUGAUGCGAAGGCUGUUACCCUUGAUGGUACUGUGAUUCACAAGGGUGGUCUUAUGACUGGUGGUAAAGGUCCCCAGCAAAACGCCUCCAAGCGAUGGGACGAUUCUGAAGUCGAGAAUCUCUACAAACUUAAGGAGAAGCUCAUGAAUGGCCUUGCGAACCUUCCGAAGAGCCAUCGCCGUGGCUCGGAAGAAGAGACAUUGCAGGGUGAGCUUGUUGGUCUUGAGCAGCGCCUGAAAUAUUUCAAGGAAGAGUUGAAAGCGCUUGAAAGAAACCUUAAGAGCAAGCAUAGCGAACUGGACUUUGUCAAGCGUCAAUUGGAAGACCUGCGACCUAAAUACACUGAACGAAAGGAAAACCUCGACGAGCUGGAUGAGACCAUCGAGACCUCCCAAUCAUCAGUCAGCGAAGUUGAAGAUGAGAUCUAUCGUCAAUUCUGCAAACGACUUGGAUACGAGGACAUUCGUGAAUACGAGGCACAGCAAGGAUCUUUACAAGAGGAAGCUGCACAGAAGAAGCUUGAGUUCACAACCCAGAAGAGCCGUAUCGAGAACCAGUUAAGCUUUGAAAAGCAGCGAAUUCAAUCAUCGGUCGACCGUGUCAGCGGUCUUGAGGCGCAAUACGAGCGUGACAUGGCUCUGAUUGAAGAGCUGAAGGGUCAACAGGAUGAAAUCCGAAACAAGUUAGACGAGCUUGCUGCCGAACUCGAGCUUCUGCGCGAGAAUCUUGAAAAACAGAAGGAGAUCUAUGGACAGUCUGCAGAAAACCUGGCUGAGCAGCGUAGGGAGCUCCAGAAACGCAGCAAGCACGUUGAGGUGGAACUGAAGAACGUCACUGCUCUUGAAGCUGAGAUACAGCGGAACUCUUCUAGCCGUUACACUCUUCUCCGACGCUGCAAACUGGAAGAUAUCGACAUUCCGUUGACCAAUUCCUCUAAGUCGCUCGACAAACUCCCCAUCGACGAUUUGGUACAGGGUGCUGAUCCAGAUGCUAUGGAUGUGGACGAGGCCGAGGAGCUUGAUGAUACCCCUGUUGUUCAAGAUUACGGCAUCGAGGUUGACUUUGACUCACUUGGAGAGACACUGAAAGAGGAGUCCGACGAUAAGCUUGAAGAAGAAUUGUCAGAAAAGAUUCGCCUUAUUUCUGCAGAGCUCGAGAAAAUGGCACCUAAUACGAAGGCCUUGGAGCGCCUUGAGAGUGUUGAAAACAAGCUUCGCAGUACCGAACAAGACUUUGAAGAUGCACGAAAGCAAGCAAGGAGGGCAAAGGAUGGCUUUGAGGGUAUCAUGAAGAAGCGCUCAGAUCUAUUCAACAAGGCUUUCACGCAUAUUUCAGAGCAAAUUGGCCCGAUCUACCGAGAAUUGACACGAAGUACCAACUACCCACUGGGUGGACAGGCAUACCUUGACAUCGAGGAUUCGGACGAGCCAUACCUCGAUGGUAUCAAAUAUCAUGCCAUGCCCCCGCUCAAACGUUUCCGCGACAUGGAGCAUUUGUCCGGUGGUGAGAAGACUAUGGCAGCGCUUGCUCUCCUAUUUGCCAUCCACUCAUAUCAACCGUCCCCAUUCUUCGUGCUGGACGAGGUUGACGCGGCUCUCGACAACACCAAUGUUGCCCGCAUUGCGAACUACAUACAUGAUCACGCGGCCCCUGGCAUGCAAUUCAUCGUUAUCAGUUUGAAGACAGGACUGUUCCAGAACAGUGAAGCAUUAGUUGGAAUCUACAGAGAUCAAGUCGAAAACAGUAGUAAAUCUCUUACUCUUGAUCUCCGCAAAUAUACUUAA